AUGCCCCACGCAACCGCAACCGUAAACGGCAUCCUAGUAGCCGAGACCGACUCCUACGAAGUCGUCGACGGAAACAUCUACUUCCCGCCCGACACCAUCAAGAGCAACCACUUCAGCCCGACUUCAACUAAAACGCACUGCCCAUAUAAGGGAGACGCAAGCUACUACACCGUCACAGCCAACAAGACGGAAGUAAAAGAUGCAGCGUGGUACUACCCUGAGCCAUUGGAAAGCAUGAACAAGAUCAAGGGGUAUGUUGCUUUCUACAAGGGAAAAGCUGAGGUGAAGAGUGAGUGA